AUGAUUUGUGGUGGAACGAGAACGAACAAAGUCGAAUGUCUGGAUAUUUCCGACCAUAGAUCUGUCAGCACCUUUCCCGCACAAUUAGUUGAUACAGAAUGUGGCAAAGGAGUUUUAUGUGGUGACAGAAUAUUGACUUUCGGUGAAUCUGUAUCGGGAACCAGCCUUAAACCUCCAUUUAAAACCACCGUUAUUUCUUAUAGCGACCGAGUAAAACUGUCGCGUUAUGGAGUUGCAUGUGUCAACGAAAACACGGUGGUCGUCCUCGGCGGUUACUACAACACUCCUUAUAGGGUCACGGAAUUGAAAGAAGAUGUCCUACUAUACAACCCGACAACGAAGGGCAUGAAGAAGCUAGCACCAUUACCUCAUCAACUUGCUAAUAUGGCUGUUGUCGUACGCGAUGACAAUUUCAUUGUACUGGGCGGACAUAAGAACCAUGAUUAUACUGAGAUAUGUAACGAUGUUCUUAUGUACAACAUCACUAAACAACAAUGUUCGAAAUUGCCGAACAUGUUGGAAAACAGGUGAGACACCAGUCAGCUUUAUAUAUUAUCUGGAGCGCGCACUUCAAUCAUUCGGCCUAUCGGAGAAGUGAACAGUUUUAAUAAUCUUGAAAGGUCUGUGACAGUGUAGGUAGUGGCAAUAAUAAGAAAGCUCUGGAUUGAUAGGGACAUUGCAACUACCUGAAAAAUACAAGGAGAACUUCGACGUUUCGAGCGAAGGUCCUUCGCAGGGCUAUAGCGAAGAGGAGAAAGAAGGGGGGGGGGGGUUAAUAUCGCAUUUGCCGACAACAUUUCAGUCGCUAAUUAAUUUUCCCCCCAAAAUUGUUAGGAGGUCGCAAAAAAAUUUUCGGAAAUACGUAAUUUUUUGCGGACAUACAAAAAAAUUUCCGAAGAUAUCAUAAUUUGUUAACUUUUUCUGUAAUUUUAGUGAAUUUAGCUAAAGUUUUGCUAUAACUAUUACUUUUUCAUCCGAGCCACUCAAAUAUUACCUAACACCUAACCCUCUCAUGAAGUGAACAUCUCCACACAAGAGCAUACGAUUAAAAUGAAUUCUUCUAGAGUUAUUAACACCUUGUUCGGCUUCUUUGGCCGAAAGAAAAACAAAUUAAUUUGGACAGGAACACUUGGAGAUCUUAAAGCUUUCGUUCUGACGAUAAUUGAUGAGCAAGCAGCCCAAAGUUCGAAAUGGCAUUCACCUAGCGGCGGAAAGUGGUGCUUCAAUAGCGAACAGCUAAAAGUUGAGUGGCACUCAAAGAGCGAAUCUAUAUCCUUUGAUGGAGCCAAAGCCAAUGAUUUAUGUGAUCAAAUACAUAGUGUCCUUUUAAAAUCUGAUUAUCAAAAGAAAGAUCAAAACAGCGACCUUAACAAGUCAUUAGAAUCCUUCAUAGCUGACGCGAGCGUCGAAGCGUGCAAUAUUAAUUUGAACGAAUCGCCUAGAUUAUAUACUUCUUUACUGCAA